AAGUCUUGUGGUUGUUUUCAAAUCAUUUAAUUGCCGAUUUCAUGAUACCGUAGACCGCACUAGUAAACAAUUACCCAGAAGUUGAUUCUGAGGCUAGAUAUUAACCAUAAAGUCGUGACACGAGAAAGUGUUUAUCGCUCAUGCAUGUGUAUACUAGCUGUGAUAAGAGACGAUCGCACUUUUGUGCCGAAUAAGUAUAUUUUAAAAACUUGUGCAUAAAAACAUACACAUAAUGUACACAAGACUACUUCACAAUUUGGUUGCAACCGGCAGGGGCUUCGCCGCGGAAAGCAGUCCAAAAGUGCGGCCCAUCAACAAGAUCCUAAUCUCAAACCGCGGGGAGAUCGCCUGCCGGGUUAUUCGCACAGCCCGCAAACUUGGCGUCCGCACCGUGGCCGUCUUCUCCGACCCAGACGAGAAGAGUUUGCAUACACAACUGGCGGACGAGGCGUACCGCGUUGGCGAGGCCGCUUCCUCUGCGUCCUACCUGCGGGGAGAGCACAUUUUAGAUAUUGCCAAGCGGUCGGGUGCCCAAGCCAUACAUCCGGGCUACGGCUUCCUGUCCGAGUCCGUGGAGUUCGCCGAGCUGUGCCAGCGCGAGGGCGUUAUUUUCAUGGGACCGCCCAGCACCGCUAUCCGGGACAUGGGUAUAAAGAGCACCAGCAAGGCUAUCAUGGCCGCUGCCGGAGUGCCCAUUAUCAACGGCUACCACGGCGAGGAUCAGUCGGACGAGCGCCUGCAGCGGGAGGCCCAUGUCAUCGGCUUUCCGUUGAUGAUCAAAGCGGUGCGUGGUGGAGGAGGCAAGGGUAUGAGAAUCGCAGAAACGUCAGACAACUUCCUUACCGCUCUGAACUCCGCGCGCACCGAGUCCCAGAAGUCCUUUGGCGACAGCUCUGUGCUGCUGGAGCGUUACGUUCGAUCGCCACGCCAUGUAGAGGUGCAGGUCUUUGCGGAUCAGUACGGCGAUGCUGUCUACCUGUGGGAGCGGGAUUGUUCCGUGCAGCGCCGCCACCAGAAGAUUAUUGAAGAGGCACCAGCUCCUGGCUUAUCGGAGGAACUGCGUCGUGAACUGGGCGAGGCCGCCGUGCGGGCUGCCAAGGCCGUGGGCUACGUUGGAGCAGGCACUGUGGAGUUCAUUCUGGACAAGGAGGACCUCUCCUUCCACUUUAUGGAGAUGAACACCCGUCUGCAGGUCGAGCAUCCCAUUUCGGAGAUGAUCACCGGCACUGACCUGGUGGAGUGGCAGAUACGCGUUGCUGCUGGCGAGCGUCUUCCGUUAAAGCAGUCGCAGAUCACCCGACGCGGCCAUGCCUUCGAAGCGCGUAUUUAUGCGGAGAAUCCUCGUGGUGGUUUCUUACCCGGAGCGGGACCUCUGCGCUAUUUGACCACUCCUGUACCUUCUAGCGAUGUUCGUGUGGAGACGGGAGUCCGCGAGGGGGAUGAAGUGUCAGUGCACUACGAUCCCAUGAUUGCCAAGCUGGUAGUUUGGGGAGAAAACCGCUCACAGGCUCUAAAUUCUUUGGUUGCCCGUCUGGGCGAGUAUCAUAUAUCCGGGCUGGACACGAACAUCAACUUUCUCAUCGAUCUGGCUUCGCAUCCUGAAUUUCAGCAUGCUAACGUACACACAGGCUUCAUCGAUGAGCACUUCGACACUCUUUUUCCACCAAUUGUAAUCAGUCACCAGCAAUUGAGCCAAGCUGCCUUGGCGCUGGUUUUUAACGAGUUGCAGGCAGCCGUUAGCAACGGCACGGGAGGCCAAGACCCAUUUGCCGCCACACCCAAUGCGCGCCUUAAUUACGACUUAGUCCGCACCUACAACUUGAAAGCCAAUAAUAAGGCUUACUCCGUGGCCGCCAAGUUUAACGGCGAGGAGAUGCAAAUUCAAGUGGAUAAUGGCGAUUGGCAGGUAAUCAAGGCCGACACAGUGGAAGAUGGCGACCGCCUGAAAAUUCGUGCAAAUAUUGAUAACAACAUCACCACUUACAACGUCAAUAUUGAUGGACCCAGUGUCAGCUUGUUCCUGGAGAGUGGAAAGAUUGAUUUUGAGCUGGUGCAGCCCAAGUUCUUGGGUGCGCAGAUGGAUCAACUGGGAUCAGGUGGGUCGCGCGUGGUGGCACCUAUGCCCGGAGUUUUGGAGAAAGUGCUGGUGCAGCCAGGAGACCGAGUUAAGAAGGGUGACAGUUUGGCCGUUCUGAUUGCCAUGAAAAUGGAACACAUACUAAAGGCGCCCAAGGAUGCGACAAUAAAAUCGAUUGGUGGAGCCGAGGGCGAUAAUGUGGCCAAAGGCUCGGCCGUGGUUACAUUUGUUGAUGAGGACAAAGCCGAGCUAUAGAGAUUUCGCGUUACUUCGUACCAGGGAUGAUUUAGCUGCAUUUAUUUACAAGUUUCUAUUGAGAAUGUUUUGGUGAUCUGCAUCUGCUUCAGGGAUACCAUAGCGCAUUUAUUAGAGUUAAGCAUAAAUUUGUCCAUAUAAUGGAAUUUUGUUGUAUUUAUUCCCACGGCAUUAAAAAUGUUCCGAUUGUU